CAGAAAAAUGACAACAAGUACGGACCAACAUAAUGUUACAAUGGUUGCAUCUUCAAGUCGCACAACGCCUGCACCUAUGAUGACACCGGCAAAAAAGCCCAGAAAGUUUGUCGGAGUGGACUUCAAGCACUGACAGCAGAAAAUGUUCUUCUACCUGACCACACUCAGCUUGCAGCGCUUUAUCAGCGAGGAUGUUCCAGUUUUAGGAGAAGAAACUCCCAAAAAUAAACGAUUUGUGGUCACAAAGGCAUGGAAGCAUUCUGACUUCUUAUGCAAAAACUAUAUUUUAAGUUGCUUGGAAGACGGCUUGUACAAUGUUUAUAGCUUCAUGAAAACAUCAAGAGAGUUGUGGAAUGCUCUUGAAAAGACGUACAAUAUUGAAGAUGCUGAACUUAAGAAGUUUGUGGCCGCACAAUUUCUGGAUUUCAAAAUGGUUGACGACAAAUCUGUCAUAACAUAAGUCCAAGAAUUGCAAGUUAUUGUUCAUGAUCUCCUUGCUGAAGGUAUGGUCAUAAAUGAAGCGUUUGAAGUUGCGGCAUUUAUUGAAAAGCUGCCUCCGAUGUGGAAGGACUUUAAGAAUUACUUAAAAUAUAAGUGCAAGAAGAUGACGCUUGAAGACCUUAUUGUUCGUCUGCAGAUUGAAGAGGACAACAAUGUUGCUGAAAAGAAAUCCCGUGGUAACUCAACAAUAAUAGGAGCAAAUAUUGUUGAGGAAGUAUCUACAAGCAACAAAAAGAGGAAGAAGCCGUCUGGUCCAAAGAAACACCCGAGAAAUAAGAAGUUCAAAGGUAAUUGCCACAACCGUGGAAAGGUUGGACAUAAAGUUGUGGAUUGUCGUGCACCGAAGAAGGACAAGAAGAAGAGUCAAGCAAACAUGGUUGAAAAGAAUAAUGAAAUUGAGGACUUAUGUGCCAUGUUAUCUGAAUGCAGCUUGGUAGGAAAUCCCAAGGAGUGGUGGAUUGAUUCUAGAGCUACUCGCCAUGUUUGUGCUAACAAAGAGUUAUUUGCCUCUUAUGUUCCUGCAAGGCCCGAUGAGACUAUCUUUAUGGAAAACUCUGCAACAACAAAAAUUGAAGGAGUUGGGAAGAUAGCUUUGUAGAUGACUUCGGGCAAAGUUGUGUCUUUAAACAAUGUUCUACAUGUUCCUGAAAUUCGCAAGAAUUUGGUCUCUACUGGACUUCUUAUCAAGAAUGGAUUAAAUAUGUGUUUGUUUCUAAAAUAUUUGUAAUAAGUAAGAAUGAUGUGUAUGUAGGAAAAUGUUACCUAACUGAGGGUCUUUUCAAGUUGA